AUGGAAUCAACGACGGCACAAGCAUUCGAUGGGUGUGCAGCGGGUGAUGGCGGUUCGGCCUGUUCAUCGGCACUCAUAAUUGUGCUGAUAUGUCCAAAUAUUAAACUUUUUGCACAGAAACUACCAGCUGAUACUAAGGAAGUUGCUGAUUUUGACAUCCAGUUACAGCAGAGUAUAGUAGCCCUACAAGAGUUAAACAACGAUCUGGUUGUUGAUACAGCUAUAUUGUAUAGUAUGGCAGAUGUACCUGGUCCAGACGAGACCGACAAACUGCCUCCUAAACUAAUCUAUGAAGAUAUUAUAAAAUGGGGCUAUACUUGCUGGUUUUCUGAAGAUAUGAACAACGUCAGUGCAGUCGAUAUGACAGCUGCGAUCAAAAACUGUAAAGUUCUGAUUGCUCUAGUGUCGGACGAGUUUGAACGAGAUGCUAAAUGUCGUGAUCUAUUUCUGUACGCUAAAGAUACCAUGAACAAAGAUGUCAUCACUAUUGUACUCGGUGAAAGUAUGGAAUGGGAAAACAAAGAUCUUGGCAUGAAAAUUGGCAAACAAGAGCGUAAGUUAAUGGCAAAGACCAAAGCAAGGUACGAGGUUGAGGGUGGAAGGAGAGCGGAAUUCAAAGAAUGGCUGACAGAAAAAAUAUUACUGCUUUCACAGGAGGACGCAUUAUUACCGGAUGUAUUUGUAAGUUAUUGUUGGAGUAACUCAAAGAAUGCUGCUGAGAAAUCUGGACGUAUAAAUCCGGACUCACUAGGUUGGGGUGAUCCACGUCAGUUGAAAGCUGUAUUACAAAAACAAGGCAUAAACUGCUGGAUUGAUGUAGAAAAUGUUGGGAAAGAUAAGAAAGGAAUAUUUGCAGACAUGGCUGCUGGUAUUAGAAACAGUAAAAUGAUGUUAGCAUUCAUCUCUGAUGAGUACGCAGAAUCGGUCAACUGUAUGAUGGAAUUACGGUUUGGAAUUAUAAAUAUUGAGCUGCCACUGGUUGCUGUAGCAGUAGGAACAAAAUCUGGCUGGAAACAAACUGAGGUUGCUAUGUUACUGCGUAGAGCUCAUGCUAACGAGGUCUCGUUACAAAAUGAAAAUCCUGAGGGAAUUAAUGUCAUGGUCAAAUAUGUCCAAGACAUGUUACAGAAGGAGAAAUUGUCAGGUAGUAAAAAGAAGAAUAAAAAGAAGACACAGGAAGCUGUUGAUCUACUCAAGAAAGGGAUGGAGUCAAAGAAAGAAACCAAAACUUCCUCUGUGGCCUAUCAGGAAGAGGUUGAGCUUAUUCAGAGGAAGUUUAUGAGGCAUAUACUGGGUUCUAUAAUUGCCGUGGAUACAAUGCCAUUACCUAGACUGAUUGUAGUAGACUUUGUAAAAUCUGGUAAACAACAAAACAGAAGCAAGUAGCUGUUCAAAGUUUAACUUUUCUGUUGCAUUAUUAGUCUCUAAAC